AAAACUUUAAUAUACAGAAAAUCAUCAAAACAUAUGUUUGCUAGAAAUCAUGGGAAAGAAAACCAAAGUUGGAAAGCAAAGAAAGGAUAAAUUUUACCAUCUUGCAAAGGAGACAGGUUACCGCUCUCGUUCAGCUUUCAAACUGAUCCAGUUGAACAGAAAAUUUGGCUUCUUGCAGUCGUCACGAUGCCUCAUAGACCUCUGCGCGGCUCCCGGAGGCUGGCUUCAAGUCGCAUCAAAGUUUAUGCCAAUCUCAAGUAUAAUUGUUGGUGUUGACUUGGUUUCUAUUAAGCCCAUUCAUAACGUUAUAACAAUGCAGGAGGAUAUAACCACAGACAGGUGCAGACAGCUGAUAAGCAAAGAGCUCCAUACAUGGAAAGCGGACUGUGUUUUGAAUGACGGAGCUCCAAAUGUUGGCUCAGCUUGGAUACAAGAUGCUUUUACCCAAGCUCAACUUACCCUUAGUGCUCUGAAGUUAGCUUGUGAUUUUUUACAAGAAGGUGGAUGGUUUAUAACCAAGGUGUUCAGAUCAAAAGAUUAUCAGCCAUUGUUAUGGGUCUUCCAACAACUUUUUAAGAAGGUUCAUUCUACAAAGCCCCAGGCCUCAAGAUCAGAGUCAGCUGAGAUUUUUGUUGUAUGUCAGGGUUACGUAGCGCCAGCUAAGAUUGACCCCAAACUUCUGGACCCAAGACACAUCUUUAAAGAAGUUGAGCCUGAAGAGAAGAAGAAAAUAAGUAUUCUUCAAGUAGAGAAACAGAAAAAGCGUGCUGAAGGAUAUGAAGAAGGCAACUACACUCUGUUUCGAUCAGCCAAAGUGUCUGACUUUCUGCAAACAGAACAUCCUCUAGAUAUCUUAAGUGUGGUGAAUGAGAUUGUUUUUGAUGAUGAAAAAUAUGGAAAACAUGUCCUGACCACAGAGGAGAUUAAAGAAGCCUGCAAAGAUGUUAAAGUUCUGGGAAAGUCAGACAUAAAGAGUCUUUUGAGCUGGCACAAGGCAUUAAGGAAAGAGUUCUAUGGAGAAAAACCUAAAAGCUCAAGGAACCAAGAGGAUGAACAGAACACUUUAACAGAGACUGAAGAGGAAACUCUUCAAAAGACAAUUGAAGGAUUAAGAGAAGAAGAAAAUGCUCUUAUUAAAAGGUAGAGACAAAAUAUUGAUGAGAAUAAUACUUGAGGAGGCAAAGUGAGUGACCCCGGGGAUCCCAUAUAAGGAGGACAAGGAUGUUUGUUGUACCUUUUAGGGGUUUAAAACGUGGUUUGGUUCCUCUUAAGGUGUUCAGCCUCAAAAGGCCCACAGCAGGAGCUUUUGCAGUACCUUUUAGUGGUGUU